AUGGUUACACCAGAAAAGUUUCGCAAUUUAAUACCUGUGUUAACAUACACGCAGGACAUACCAAAAGAAGAACUUGGUCUUGAAUUAAGUACGGAAGAUCUUAAUUAUCCAAACUUUCCAUUAACGGAGGAGCAAAUCCAAUGGGAACGGGAGUAGGAACAGCGCAACGAAGAGACAGAAGAACUUAGAAAACAAAAUCAAAGGACAUUGAAACAUUAGCAUAUUUAGGUAAAUCUGAAUCCAUUCCGGAUGAUACGACACUGGAUGAAAUUUUAAAACAAGCUCGAAGAGCCGCGAAAGAUAUGUUAAAAAUGUUGAAUUUUGAAAUGGAUUUCCUUCGACAAAAGAAAGAUGGGAAUACCAGUUUACAGUUCAUAGUACCGGGAGACGGCGUAAUUCCACGAACUAGUCAAACACCAGUAUCGUUGGUGCUGUUCAUAGGUAAAUUGAACAACGGUAUAGGAUCAUUAGUAGGAUUUCGAGAAAAUAAAAGAAAUAUGUCGAAUCAGGAAACAAACUUCGUGUAUCAGACAUACGCCGAUGAAACUACUGUACAAUACGCAGAAUCCACAUUAGACUUUGCUAAAUCCGGAAGAGAUCACAGAGAGAGUGAGAAAUCCCACAAAAAAGAACAUAGACUCAAAGAAGUAGAAGAGACGAAAGAGCAUUUAGAGAAACACAUGCAAGAUGUUAAUCGCAAUAUUCCAACUUUGGACGGUGUAAACGUUAGCAUCGAUUAA